CGGCGACAUGAGGCUCGCGGCGGCGGCGCUGGGGGGGCGGCAGCGCUACGACGGCCACCGGGUGUACCGACUGAGGCCCGCCUCCAUGGAGCAGGCACGCGCCCUCAGGAGCCUCCAGGGGCGCUCCGCCGACACCGGGGUGUCCUUCUGGACAGAGGCGCGCGGCGCGAACUGCAGUGUCGACGUGAUGGUGUCCCCGCACGAGCUCCCCGGCUUCAUGCUCCUGGUGGACGAGCUGCGGCUGCACAGCGAGCUGUACAUAGAGGACGUGCAGAGGUUAAUUGACAACGAGCAACCGAAAAUGAAGAGUCAAGCCUCAUUCAGCUGGGACCGGUACUACGGACUGGAACAGAUCCAGGCGUGGCUGCGGUCACUGUCGUCUCAGUACCCGAGCGUCGUGACGCUGCUGGAUGCUGGAAGCUCCUAUGAGGGUCGCCGCAUCCUGGGUGUCAGGCUGUCCCACAAGGCUGGCAACAAGGCCGUCUUCAUCGAGGGAGGCAUCCACGCGCGGGAGUGGAUCUCGCCAGCCACGGUCACGUACAUCCUCAACCAGCUGCUGACGAGCACCGACUCCCAGGUGAAGAGUGCUGUGCUGGGCUACGACUGGUACAUCUUUCCUAGCACCAACCCCGACGGCUACGAGUACACGCACACCACGAAUCGCAUGUGGCGAAAGUCACGACGACAGGUCGGUUCUGAUAAUGGGCAAGUUUGCUAUGGCGUCGAUCUGAAUAGAAACUGGGCGUUUCACUGGAAUGGUGAGACGAUUUUCAGGAGUGAGAAUGAAGUCAUCUCCACCGCCGCUCCCUGCUCGGAAACCUACCCCGGGCCGUCAGCCUUCUCCGAGGCGGAGACGUCCUCGCUGUCCAGCUACAUCGGCAACCUGACGAGCACCCUGAAGCUGUACAUAUCGUUCCACAGCUACGGGCAGAAGAUCCUGGCGCCGUACGGCGUGUAUGGCGUGGAGCCGUCCAACGAGGCCGCCCUGUUGUCGGCCGGCAAGGCGGCGGCCGCGGCGCUGGCCAAGCGCUACGGCACCGAGUACGAGGUGGGCAGCAUCGUCGACAUAGAGUACGUGGCGCCGGGCAGCAGCGUGGACUGGGCGCGAGGCACCGCCGACGUGCCCUUCGCCUUCGCCUACGAGCUGCGGGACUCGGGCCAGUACGGCUUCCUGCUGCCGGCUGUACAGAUCCUGCCCACCAGCCAGGAGACCCUGGACUCCGUGCUCGCCCUGCUAGCCGAGGCUAGCAAGUCCUUCUAGCGCCGUCCAGGCAGUGCAGUGUCCUGCCCACCGGCCAGGAGACCCUGGACUCCGUGCUCGCCCUGCUAGCCGAGGCCAGAAAGUCCUUCUAGCGCCGUCCAGGCAGUGCAGUGUCCUACCCACCGGCCAGGAGACCCUGGAAUCCGUGCUCGCCCUGCUAACCGAGGCCAGCAAGUCCUUCUAGUGCCAUAUUGGCGGUGGUGGCAUCAAAACACGUACAUUGCGUCUGGGUAGAGGAUACUGUCACUUCUGUUGUUUAUAGUGUGCUUGACACUGACUGUGACAAGGCUGCCGAGUCAUAGGGUUCAUUGACACUGAAGCCAGGAUAUAUGACUUGUAUCUUUUCUAGGCAAUUUUGAAGUCCUUCUAGCGCCGUCCAGGCAGUGCAGUGUCCUGCCCACCGGCCAGGAGACCCUGGACUGCGUGCUCGCCCUGCUAACCGAGGCCAGCAAGUCCUUCUAGCGCCGUCCAGGCAGUGCAGUGUCCUGCCCACCGGCCAGGAGACCCUGGACUCCGUGCUCGCCCUGCUAGCCGAGGCCAGCAAGUCCUUCUAGCGCCGUCCAGGCAGUGCAGUGUCCUGCCCACCGGCCAGGAGACCCUGGACUCCGUGCUCGCCCUGCUAGCCGAGGCCAGCAAGUCCUUCUAGCGCCGUCCAGGCAGUGCAGUGUCCUGCCCACCGGCCAGGAGACCCUGGACUCUGUGCUCGCCCUGCUAGCCGAGGCCAGCAAGUCCUUCUAGCGCCGUCCAGGCAGUGCAGUGUCCUGCCCACCGGCCAGGAGACCCUGGACUGCGUGCUCGCCCUGCUAACCGAGGCCAGCAAGUCCUUCUAGCGCCGUCCAGGCAGUGCAGUGUCCUGCCCACCGGCCAGGAGACCAUGGACUCCGUGCUCGCCCUGCUAGCCGAGGCCAGCAAGUCCCUCUAGCGCCAUCCAGGCAGUGCAGUGUCCUGCCCACCGGCCAGGAGACCCUGGACUCCGUGCUCGCCCUGCUAGCCGAGGCCAGCAAGUCCUUCUAGCGCCGUCCAGGCAGUGCAGUGUCCUGCCCACCGGCCAGGAGACCCUGGAAUCCGUGCUUGCCCUGCUAACCGAGGCCAGCAAGUCCCUCUAGCGCCCUCCAGGCAGUGCAGUGUCCUGCCCACCGGCCAGGAGACCCUGGACUCCGUGCUCGCCUUGCUAGCCGAGGCCAGCAAGUCCUUCUAGCGCCGUCCAGGCUGUGCAGUGUCCUGCCCACCGGCCAGGAGACCCUGGACUCCGUGCUCGCCCUGCUAGCCGAGGCCAGCAAGUCCUUCUAGCGCCGUCCAGGCAGUGCAGUGUCCUGCCCACCGGCCAGGAGACUCUGGACUCCGUGCUCGCCCUGCUAACCGAGGCCAGCAAGUCCCUCUAGCGCCAUCCAGGCAGUGCAGUGUCCUGCCCACCGGCCAGGAGACCCUGGACUCCGUGCUCACCCUGCUAACCGAGGCCAGCAAGUCCUUCUAGCGCCGUCCAGGCAGUGCAGUGUCCUGCCCACCGGCCAGGAGACCCUGGACUCCGUGCUCGCCCUGCUAACCGAGGCCAGCAAGUCCCUCUAGCGCCAUCCAGGCAGUGCAGUGUCCUGCCCACCGGCCAGGAGACCCUGGACUCCGUGCUCGCCCUGCUAGCCGAGGCCAGCGAGUCCUUCUAGCUCCGUCCAGACAGUGCAGUGUCCUGCCCACCGGCCAGGAGACCCUGGAAUCCGUGCUCGCCCUGCUAACCGAGGCCAGCAAGUCCUUCUAGUGCCAUAUUGGCGGUGGUGGCAUCAAACACGUACCUUGCGUCUGGGUAGAGGAUACUGUCACUUCUGUUGUUGAUAGUGUGCUUGACACUGAGUGUGACAAGGCUGCCGAGUCGUAGGGUUUAUUGACACUGAAGCCUGGAUAUAUGACUUGUAUCUUUUCUAGGCAAUUUUGAAGUACGUAUUAAAUUUUAGUCAUAGUUUGCUUUCAAAUAUUUUUAAAAUAGGGUUUAUUAUGUUUUUAAAAUUUAAAUGUACACCUAGAAAACAGCAAUUUAAAUACAAUUUUGAAAAUCUUUCAAUUUUUUCUAUUAUUUUAUUGUACUUUAAUGAAAAUACGAUGAAGAUUGUCAAAUUUCAAAAAGGUUUUCUCUCGUCAAAUGAAUAAAUAAAUAUUAAUACGUUAGCAGUAACCAUAAAAGUAUGUUAAUGAUUCGAUACGCAAUUGAACCAAUACAAGAAAUAAUAUGUAGUUAAUUUUUGCAUAUUUAUAAUAAUAUAUACAUUGAACAAAAUGUUUUGUUAAUUAAUAACUACUCCAAUACUCCUGUCUACAUGAGACUUAAAUAAAAAGGACAAACCUUACCCAUCCUCUAAACUAAGACUUAUUAUUAAAAAGAUAGUUUUGUUAGUUAAAGCAAGAUAAAUUAUUGAAUACACGUGAUUAAAAGGUAUCAUUGUUUAUGUAAGAUUUCAAAAUAAAUACAUCCAUACUUUUUCCCGCCACUUAAAGCAGUAUUGUGUAACUUUUUAAUGUUUUUUAAGCUUGAAGUUCAAAGCUCGAAGAAAGUUGCCGUCUUCACCUAAUAUAAAAAAACUACCUCCCAUCCCGGUUACUAGAAAAUUCCGAAAAUAACUCAUUAUUCUGUCUCAUACGAAAAAAAUAACAACAUUUUUGAGCUGGGGAUCUUUAAGGUUUCACAAGGUUUUGGGAAAUGUAUAGAAAAUAAGGUGUGAUUCCGUCUGAAUAUAAUUACUUCAUACUGAGGAAACUUCUAACAGGUAUUAAAAAAUAUAUAAACAUACAAUAUCAAUUCCUUAUUUAAACAGAUCUCAGGUAUAUUCAGAAAGAAGAAAAGAUAUGGGCCGGCCCUUAAUUAAAUUAUAAAAGGUUUCAUCAAAAAAA